AUGUUGCACGAUAUGGAAGUGGUAGGCUCGGAGCGAGCCCGAGAGGACCACGAUCCUGAUCCAGUCAACGAGGUUUUGGAGAGUCUGCUUGCAAAGGUCGAGAUUGAAGCGGAAACAUCUGGCGAGACAAGCAACGAGCUGACUAUCUCUAUGGUAGCCAUUGAUGAAAAGAUGGCUGUGGAGGCGAAGGCUCUGGAUACAAGUGCUUCCGACGUGCCGAAAGCGGACCGUGACAUGAGCGACGCGAAUUCGACUCCGCAGGGCUCAAACACUUCCCUUUUUCAAAAUCUGGACACGGACACAAGCGGUAUCAUCAAGCAUGCGUUGGCCGGUGGAGAAGCGGUUCUGGAAGACCCAAUCUCGUGCGAUUUACAAAAUCUUGCUACCAACACGACCGUCGUUGUUGACCAAGCUGUAGCAGACGUGGAAGGCUCGGACUCUGACGAUCCGGAGAGCGCGAGCGCCGACUUCAACUCCGUUCCGAAGCAGCCGGUGGGCGACGUGGAAGCGCCGAUUGAAAACAAGGAGCCGCGCACCAUCACUGAUCGUCCAGUGACCGACGGGAGUCCGAUCUUGAAGAAAGGCGGGGUUGCCGAUCUGCACAACGUGGGACUGGUUGGCAAGCCAGUAGCCGCUGUCCAGGGAUCAGAUUCUAAGAAAGGUCUCCAACAAGCUAUCCUGGACCGUAUUUCGUCCAUCGAAGCAGAAACCCUUUGCUUUGUCUGCCGCCAACCGUCGAACGAUGGAAAUCAACUUCAGCGCUGCCAGCCUCCUCAAGGAUCUUGUUCGACUCGCUUCCAUCACGAUUGCUUGAAAGAAUACAACGGUGGCAACUACGAAUCCAAUUUCCUCUGGCACAUGAAUCGUGGUCUGCCUUGUUGCCCGCUGCAUCAUUGCCAUGCAUGUUUCUUGGAGCGCAAGAAGACCUCGGCGAUCACUCUUCAAGGCGAGCGCAUUAUCGAGUGUGCAAAGUGCUAUCUCGCCUUCCACGACUGUUGCCGCCCGGCCGGUCAGCGCAUCAAUGAAGAAGAAAUUGCAAAGCAGUCCGCGAAUAAGCCGUACUGGAAGCUACGCAAUCAUGUCAAACUAUAUGGAUUGGACAUCCCGAAAGAGAAACUCGCGGAUUACUGUCUUUGCCAACGCCAUGUAUUACCUUCAGCUCAAAAAAUUAUCCAGAAGCCGAAUUGGACCAACACGUACCCAAGCUGCUCCGAAUGCCAUGAAAACCCUUGUCCGCCGAUGCACGAUUGCGCUACUUGUCUGGCGAAGUACCACGAUAGCUGCCAUGACUCUAACAACAGAGGGCCUGCCGGCAAAUUCAUCUGCGACACUUGCACAUUUGCCGAGCCCUUCCGAAUCGGUGACUACGUCAUGGCAUAUUUCCAAGGAGAAAAGGAGAAGUGGUGGCACGCGCAAGUGAUCGACCCGGAUUCAAUGCCCAACAUCCGUGCGAAAUUCUCCGAUUGGAAGGGGCAUCCAGGGUACCUCGCGGUCCGUUGGUGCUUCUUUCCAAACCUGAUGUCGGUCGUCCCGGUGGCAUACUGCUUCAAGUAUAACGGACAGCGGCUCAUGCGUGUCUUUGACAAAGACACUCGCGAUGAGCGUGUCCAAACUGAAAAGCGUGAGAUCCCUCACUACAGAAAGACGUUAAAUGCGCUGCUUCAUCGAAAACCAACGCACAAGAGGAUAGACGCCUCUAUUUACCACUCGGCCGAUGCUAGGCGCGCCGAACCCAUCGAUGAGUGGCGAUGCGGUUGUGAAAAGGAUGCUGACGGCACAAGGUGCGGCCCGAAUUCUCUCUGCAAAAAUCGAGUCGUUGACCAGGAAUGUGGACAGGACUGCGACUCCUGCCUGAAUCGAGAGCUGGCCCAGAAGUACUUCUGUCCAGAUAUAGAGGUUCGCCACACCGAAGAGAAAGGAAUGGGCCUUUUCGCUACUGCACAGCUGCCGCCAGGUAUUUUAAUCGGCGAGUAUGCGGGCGAGAUCAUCGGCGACCGCGAAGAGAUCACCCGCAGGCAACAGGAGGCGACGCGCUUCGGCAACGACGAAGAGACCCACUAUAUGAUGCACAUUGACAAAGUGAGAAUCGUCGACGCCUGCUUCAAGUCAAACGAUGCCCGCUUCAUCAACCACUCCUGUGAUCCAAACUGCGAGGUUUCCCUGAAGCAGGUCCAAGUCUCUAAAACCGGCGAUCACGUUCCUUUGUUUGACGUCCGCCCGUUCGUCAGAACUAUCAAGCCGAUCGCCGUUGGCGAGGAGCUGACGUUCUCUUACGACAUGACACCAUAUGAAGGCGGUGGCAAUUUGCCUGAAUGCUUCUGUCGCGUCGCUCACUGUUCUGGCCGGAUGGGCGGCAAAAGGAAGGAGCCAAAGAAGGUGUCGGUAAGGAUGGUGUGCGACUCCUCUUCCCCCGAGAGAGUGCGGAAGCGCCCGCGCACUUCUUCCCAAGACCUGUUCAGCGAUGACGUUGCCAAGGAAAAUAUGAAGCCAUCCACGAGCAAGAAGAGGGGAAGGCCACCCGGCACCUCUGCUAAGAAGCAGAAGCGCAGCACCAACGACAUC